CAUGGCGUCGCAGUGUAGCUGUGAGCCUCGAGCCAGCCGGUUGGUCCGUCAUGCCGCGUUAGCACUCCGAACGACAAACGAACGCGUUAAUCCUUUUACAACUGACAAGUGAUCAAAAAUGUUUAAAACGUGGAGUUUUUUUGUUUGCGCUCUGCUGCUCGCCAACGCAAGAGCACAGAACACGGAAGGGACUACUGGGGAUUUCUCUCCAGUUGUACGAGCAACAUGCAAGACCGGAGUUAUGUCAAUCAAGAUUAACUUCAACCAGCCUUUCUAUGGUGUAGCCCACGCUAGAGAAUAUAGGACCCCAUCAUGUAUGGCGCUCGGCAAUGGCACCGAAUCGCUAAACUUUGAUAUCAACUUGAUCGCUCCACAGGGAUCGCCUGAUCAUUGCGGUGUAUUCUGGAAUAACCGCACUGAUGAACGAUCGUUGCCUUUGGCGGUUCGGGUGCAUCGGACACUCGAGCUGGCCGACGACAAGUUUUACGUCAUAACCUGCGGCAAAGCUGGUUUUAAAAACUCUCGGAACGAAACUUCGCUUGUCUCCCUACGAAUGCUCGAUGACCAAGGACGGAAAGUAUUGAACGUUGGCUUCGGAAUGCCUUACACGCUGAAAGCCGAAAUCAGUAAAUCUGAUGGAACGCAUGGAAUCAGAUUAAAGAAUUGUUUCGGAUUCAACAUGAAGAAUAAUACCGCGGAACUACUCGAUAAUAAAGGGUGCCCGAUAAAACAGAGUUCGGUAAUAGUAAGGUCUACAGGUGGAACGGCCGAGUUGGCGAUAGCAGCGAUGUUUCGGUUCCCGGACUCAUCUCAAGUUAACUUCCAAUGCGACAUCGCUAUUUGCAAAGGUAGCACUUGUGGAACUGUAGAAUGUGAUACCGAGGGCAGUGAAAGUCCAGGUGAUGAGGAAGGGACCGUGACGGCAUCCACGGGAGUGUUCGUUUUAGACCCCAACGACAACACAAUCGCAGCCAUGUCCUGUAUGGAGGGAAACGUGCGGCCAUUGUGGCUAUUGUAUCUGGCCAUCGCGCUCGGAGUCAUGUUCCUCGUCAUGCUACUCAUCAAUUGCUUCCUUUGUACGGCUAUGACGUGUUCGUGUGCAAGGACAGAUGUAAUUGAGAAAGAUCCAUCCGUAGUAGAAGAUUAUGAUCCAUAUCGCAGUUGGCACGGUAGCCAGUACGGCAGCAGGUAUCCGUCUUCAACAAUUCACUCAACGAGGUCUGUAUCGGACAACAGUGAUCAUUAUGCUAUAGUGCAGUCAAGGCCGGGCAGUCGCCACUCCGGCAUACAUCGAAACCGACACUAAAAGAGAUACAUAAUUGUAUUUCUGAUGGCUCGGAGUGAGAAAACUAACGCAAGAAUUGAGACGACUAUCGGAUAUAUGGACCGUUUAUUUUGAAAGUGGUGUAAGUCCAUUUUCUUUUGUUUCGAGAAAAUUAAAGGUUACUAUAAUUUUGUUGAUUUAAAAAUACAGGCAAAUCAUAUGAGGUCUGGCUAUGCCACCUACCUCUGUCAAUUGGACUUACACCACUUUCAUAAUCGAUGAUUAUGCAAUUUCAUUUACCGACCGAUUUUAAGUUGUACAAAACAUGGGAUUUUUUCGAAAAAUUAAACACGGACUAGUUAUAUAUAAAAAAAUUACAUUAAAUUAAGCAUGAAUUACGUGAUAGCUCAUUUUUCUCCAAAAUGGACUUACACCACUUUCAAAAUAAACGGUACAUAUAUCUCAGCGCAGAGACACGUAAUUAUUGUGCUUUUGGUCGAACGCAAACCAGAUUUCAGUUGAUCGGAUACACAACUGAUAAUAAUAAUAAUAAUAUAAAAACGUUUAUUUAUAAUUUUAUACAUGUGCCAUUUAACAUCAUUGUACCUUUAGUAAGCUUGAUCUUAACAUAUUUUAAAUACGUUUAUAAUACAACGAAUCCGUCCGUACUUGUAAUCUCGUAUGAUAAAACAUAAAAUAUAUAUAUACUUACUUAUUAUAUACUUAUAGUAAAGUACGAACAUGUGAAGUUUGAACUAAUAAAUACCUAGUUCAAAAGUUAUCUGAAUAUCGACGCUUGAAAGGCAAACGUGACUAAACGACAAUAACUGCUUGGUACAUAAAUGAUAGACAAUAACCAUAUUCGAUGCGCAAAAAAAAUAUAUUUCUAGGUCUAUUAAAUCAUUUCAAUCCUACAGCUACUAGCUAGAUUCUACUACAGCUAGAUUCGUUAAAAUAAAUUUUGUUUUCAGGUAUUUCAACUUUAAAUUAGUCUACUGUAAAGUUCACGCAUUGUCGCUAAGUCACGUUUGCCUUUCAAGCGUCGAUAUGCUUAAUUCGAUUUAAACUGCACAAAUGCAAUAUCGAAGCAUUUUAACUAUAAAAUAGUUAAUUUAUAGCAAAUAUUCAAAAUUAAAUAAUUCACAUCGACCGUAUACUGAGUAUACCAAAAUUUUCAUGGUUUUCUAGAAAUAUUUUUUUAAAUUAACUAUCAAUAUUAUUUUAGUAUUAGAGUAUUAUUUGGUGCUAAAGAGCGCACACCAUAGAAAGAAUUGCACAAUUUAAGGAACAUAAUUAGUUAUUAGGAUUAAAUGUAUAGUUUUAAUGAACGAUACCACAUCGCCCCUGUGAAUAAAUUUAAACUAUGUAAUAACAAAACACAUUAUGUGUUGAGUAUGUGUGAGAAUGUUGUAUUGUGUGCAUAUCUGUUAUAUUCAAUGUUUUCUUAUUUAUAUUAAACAUUUUAUAUUCAUCUUUAUUUAAAUAGUUCCUAGAUGAUAUACGGAAUGUAGUAGAGUGUAGUUGAAACUAUACAAUUUUAGCAGACGCCCAACCAUUACUGAUUCUUCAGAUAAUUAUACUUUGUGAUUAUCAUUUUUCUAAUGUUUUUCCAAAAAAAAAAACACUAUUGCGACCAACAAUACAAUUUAUUUUAAGCAUAUACCAAUAAUUAAAGAAUACUACUAAUAUGUUAAACCUUUGUAGUGCUAAAGAAAGUUAUUUAGAAACUAAGUUAGCAUUUUAAAUUUGAUCAAAUAAAAUGUUUAACACUA